AAACGACGACAAGGCAAACAAAAAGCCUGACCCCAGGUUCCAUCGACCGGAAGCAAGUUGAAGGGAAGGACGACAAAACGAUAACGAGCGUUUUACCAGCAGGAAAUAAAACGACGUCAAAAAGGGAACACUUUUGGUUCAACCCGAGGGCGUGACCGUUUUGCUACAAGUUUCAUACUUGGCUUGUUCCGCCGCUUGCUCCGGACUCAAAGCACAGCAUCUUUGUCAUUUUUUUUGACUUUUUGCACCCCCAACCCGUCUUUCUUCAUACGGCUGGAUAAUAGAACAAACACUCAGAACCUCUUUUGCGAGUCGGCUUGCCACUCGCAUCGUACGCGGGCCGUCAACGUCUAGCAAGUUUUCCUCUUUGAUACCCAACAUAACAGCGAAUGGAAGGUGAUGGGAAUAUCACCAGAAAAUAAAGAAAAUCAGCGUCACGUUAACGGGACUGGCGCCAUGGACGGGUCGCGAAAUGACCCCGGGGCGGGUGGCGGAAGUGGAGGCAAGGGUGAAAAGAGUGGCAGGAGCAAGAGCCCCGACGUUCCUGGGUUGGAGGUUUUGCUGCAGAAUGUGAUUGCCGAGCGAAACGCUCUGCGAUUGCAAAACGAUCAACUUUGGAAGAUCAUAGAAAAGCAGAGGAUCAUCAUCGCCCAACUUCAGUCCCAGGUUGUCAACGGUACCGCUGCUGGCAGCGAUACUGCGUUGGGUGGAGAAGGCAUGUCGUUUUCGGAUGCAACUGCUGCAUUCACGGGCAUAUCAAAUCAACCAUCAGCUCCAUCACAUCCACCGCCACAAGGAGCAUCUGCGUCGCCACGCAAGGGCUCUGGCGCUCCUCGCGACAGAUCCACUUCCGAGCGACCUCCAGUCAACUCUCGCGAAGAGGCAGAGCACGUGAAUCGGAAACGAACGGUUUCUGAAGGACGAGAGACCACUUCAAGACGGCGUUCAACAGCAGAGCGGGAAAAUAUAAAUCUUCCUGCGAUCACUGUUCAAACUCCCAGCAGGAAACACGCACCAGGCUCCGCUUCUUCACAUUCGCACCCACAGCCAUCCGCUGGCGGCCGCCAGCGAAGCGCGUCCACGUCCUCUCAGAAAGGACCAACCAUUUUACCUCCAGUACAAGGCGCGGCACCUGGCGGCUUACAACGCAAACCAUCAGGAUCGUCCAUCACCGCUCCUGGCUCAGGUGUCAUCGGAUCUAGCUCAAAUGUGGGAAUUCAUGAACACAACGCGGAGGAAUCUGGAUCAUCGCGAUCAACAUUACAGAGCAGCAUUACCAGUGAUCCUGGCUCGACGGCACUUGGCGAAGGUGGUGCUCGAAAUAGAUCCAAUGGCAGUGCGCGCAACGAUAGACGCAGCAGAAUUCCACAGCAGCGCUCCUCUACUGAUCUGGAGGAAGUUCUAGGUGAAGAUCAAGGAAGACUCAGUACAAAGUCGACAGAUGGACGGCGCAAGGCUAUGCGACCAGUAUCAGGGCGUGGGCGACUAGAAGAUUUAAAUGAACGAGAAGAUUCAGCGGGACGGGACCACGGAGGUGUGCGCUCUUAUCCCGGUCUUACUCCCGCAGAAGAUAUACCCGCCCAAGGCGCAUUAGGCCAUGGCCUUAGCACUGACGCAAGUCGAACCAAUCUGGAAUCGUUACCAAGCGCUGGUACCGUGUAUAAUAGCAACGGGCUGCCACCAGAGGUUCUCAGCCAUAUCGCAGAUCGGGAAGACAGUCUAGAAAGACCCAAUAAAAAGUCACCCGCAGCUCCACGCCCUGUGGCCCCUCGCGUGAGGGCUCUUCAACAAAACGAAACCUCUGGUCCUACUCUGAGCACCAUCCCCGACAGUCCAUCGGGAACCUUGCUAACUCCUCCGGCAUCUAACCGAAAGGACAAUCACCAUCUCCAGGACCAGCUCUCCGCGAAGCGCGGGCAGCUUGGCUCAGAUAUGUCAAUUUCUAUGAAUUCCAAUGAUGACGACUCUUCACACGCGAUGAGAAGAGGAUCUAAAGACGGAGCGAUCGAUUCCUUCCUCAAAUCCGCUGAUCAAGUGAACGUGCAGGUAACGGGAUCUCAAAUCAAGGUCAACGACAAAGGACGGGAGGUCAUUAGUUUUCUAAUAUCCGUCCGGGAUGCGGCAACUGGGGGCGAGUUGUGGCGUGUGGAGAAAGUUUAUUCCGACUUCCUCGCUCUCGAUGCAAAGCUUAAAGUCAAUCAGGGCAAGGCCUUGGUAGCAAAGAUCGGCAAAUUACCAGAGAAGGCCAUGUUUACCACACACGCACCAUCAAAGAGCGAUCAGCGCAAAGUCGCAUUGGAAUUGUAUCUGCAGAACGUAAAGACUAUCUGCCGCGAUAAUCGGGAUAUUCUUCAAUUCCUUUCGACUGACGUUGACUCUGGCAAGAAGAGUUCCAAAACAGCUAAUUCAAAGGAAGGGUACCUAUUCAAGAAGGGGAAGAAUUUUGGUGCCUGGAAAUCGCGUUACUUUGUUCUCAAAGAGGGAGGCAUGUUGGAAUACUACGAAUCUCCGAAGGAUCGAAGUCUGCUAGGUACCAUAAAAUUAAAAUAUGUCUUUGUUUCCCGCCAAUCGUCCGCCCAUCCCUUUGACAACCCAUCAAAUGAUGGUGGCGAAGGCACGACGAGCGACACAGACUACCGCCACGCAUUCAUGUUGACCGAGUACAAAAAGUCAAGUUUCUCUUCUGAGAAUCGUGACAAGCCGGACGCGUUCAGUGAGAGUAAAGUCACUGCUAGACAUAUUCUCUGCGCGGAGAAUGAUGAAGAGCGAGAUGAUUGGGUACGGUGUAUCGCGGCACAGAUAAAGUCUAUUAGACCCGAGGAAGGAUUUGCCAGAAGCAAUACAGUUCAAUCAAUAAAGAAGACGAAUGGAACAGAUCAUGUAGAGAGUGAAAGAGAUCCCCGAAGCGAGAAGGAGAGUCGAAGUAAAUCGGACGAGCGUGCUGGCAGCCCUGCAAAAGAGGAAGCUCUCGACGAUGCUCCGAUGGAGGUGGAGGAACCCCAGUCCCAAGCACAAGCGGCCUUGUCAAAUUCUCCGGCCAACGUCGGCCGGCCCGCCCCGGAAAUCCCUGAUCAAAGUGUACCUGAAGUGGAAGGUUCGCCUGUUGCACCUGCACGAACGGCAUCAAUAUCUAUGGUCAUGGGUGGGAAUAACCCGCUCAUGCAAUCCGCCCAAAAUUCGCCGUCUUCUACAAUGAAACCACGCGGUCGGUCCUAUGUGGACGAUAACGAACGUGUCAUGAUGCAACCUGAACCACCACCGCUAGUUGGAGUAGAGGAGCAGGAGCGACGAUUGAGAGAAGCUGCCGGAGCGGGGCCAGGGUCAGGAGGGAAGGACAAGAGAGACGACAGAAAGAACCGGCGGAUAACGACUUUUAACUGGGGAAAGAAAAAACAAAGCGAAGGCCUCUCAAGAGCUGCAGAUCCGUCUCGAAGAGUCUUUGGUGUGCCCUUGGAGCAGGCAGUGGCCGUCUCGAGGGUGCGGGAUGAUUUGUCCUUGCCUGCGGUGGUCUAUAGAUGCAUUGAGUAUUUGGACGCAAAGAGGGCGAAUGAAGAAGAGGGUAUCUAUAGAUUGAGCGGGAGCUCUUCGGUUAUUCAGAGCUUGAAGCAGGCCUUUGACUCUGAAGGAGAUAUCGACCUUCUUGGGAGUUCAUCUUACUACGAUGUUCAUGCCAUUUCUGGCCUGCUGAAGCUGUACCUUCGUGAACUACCUUCCCCAAUCCUAACAAAACAAUUACAACGAGAUUUCUUGCAUGUCAUGGACUUGGCAGAUCGUGAUGAACGCAUUACCGAACUUGCGCGGCUAGUGUCCCUCUUACCAUUAUCAAACUAUACGCUCUUGAGAACCCUGAUGGCUCAUCUAGUUCGAGUGGUGCAGAAAUGCGAGGUGAAUAAGAUGACGGUCCGGAACGUGGGUAUUGUUUUCAGUCCUACUGUCGGUGUACCGGCCGGGGUGUUCACGCUGAUGAUGGCCGAAUUUGCGAGCGUUUUCUGGUGGGACGGUCGGGAAGAGACGAGAGGAAGUAUGGAUGCCGAAGAUCCAUCACCAGGCGUUACAGGCGAGGAGUCACCUCAAGAUGUCAAUUCUAACAUGGUCGAGGUCGAACAAAACUCUCCGCCGGCUGUUAGUGAGCCUGUCGUGGAAGCAGAUCUACCCAUCCCAAAGCGCCGGCAACCCAAUUCUGCAAAGCGAAGAGCCAGACAGAAUGCAGGCAUGGGGCUGGCUAGUGGUUUAUCCUUUGGGGGAUUACCCGAUACAGGGGCACCCCCCACCAUUGAUUCAAGUGGGUUCAUAACGACCGCUGAAAAUGCACCCCUACCGUCAGCGACUGUGUCACCUGGAAGCCCGCGCUCUCCAACGCGCCCAGUUAGUGGCUCAAAGCGUACUCGCGAGGAGGAGGAUGAUCAUGAAGAUAGAGGGCAAGGUCGCGGUGAAAGAAAGGCUGUAGAUAGAGCAUCGUUCGGGGAAGUUGUGAUCGACGGGGAAAUGGAGGUAGAGGGUGAUUUUGACGGUGAUGGAGUAGAGGCGAACGGUGGGGAGGAGGAAGAAGAGACGGCAAGUGUUGCAGAGGAAGUGGUAGAAGAAGGGGAUGAUGAAAAGCGCGGCGUGCGAGAGUUUGAAGCAUACUUCAGCGAUGGAGGUGCGGAAGAUGGGAUGUGGAGUGCACGAUGAUAUUAGACCCUUUUGUAGCAAGUUUUUGUAUUUUCCGGGUUCGAGCGAGGCUUCUGAUACGAUUAUUUUUUUGAUGCUCUAUGUAAUAUCCAUCAUUUGACGCUACGGUUCACUUA